AUGUUCGCCUCCAAAGGGACCGGCCGGCGAGAGCGAACGUUCAUCGGCACCAAUUGUGCCGCCUGCGAGGAGCCACUGGAGCACAUGCUUCGUGGCGAGCGCAUACUGCAACUAUCAUGCGGUCAUGUCGCCCACGAAGCCUGCUUCUACGAAUACAUCAAGGAGUUCGAGGCCGAGACGUGUCCGGACUGCCAGAAGCCUUUAGGAAUCGAUACCUCGCGAGGAGGUAACAUCGACUUUGAGAAUCUCAACAAGCUCGUGCGCAAUGUCCAAACCCCAGAUCUUCGGGAACGACGUGACCCUGAGUCAACACCGACAAACUAUGAUAUGGAACCUCUUCGACGACCGAGUGUUAUCAGUCAACAGGUUCCUUCUCCUCAACGGCCUUCUAGAGAUCACUUAUUACCUGAGCAGGUCCAAACUAGCAGCCACCGUUACGAACGAUACACUUCUUCACAUGCAUCGCACGCAUCUCACCCUUCUCAUACCAGGAACGCAAGUGGUGAGACUGGAGUAGCAUCAAGCAACGACUACGCCGAGACUCAUCACACUGGAGGACGUCGGCACGAUUACGACGUUCAAUCAAUGGAAGCAUCCGUUAACAGCCCGAGACACAUAUCCAGGAAUCCGAUCCCCGCACCGACCGUCACUGUGCGCAGCGAGUUCCCAACCCUCAGCAAAUCUCGACACCAACAAAGUCUGACCUGUUUGGUGACUGUGGAGGUAGUGGAGGGCAAAUGGCAUCCGAGCCCGGACGACAUUCGAAGCCCACCUCCGAUGCCCACAACGAUCCCCGAGGAGACUUUCGAAGCCCCCCCCAUGCCUUCUAGAGCACGACCUGAGGAGCCUCGACGUCUUGUCGACAGCGUGCACGAAGACAUGGCUUUGGAUGGAGUGAAGGAUGAGCUUUUCAGGCGGGUCGACAAUUGGCAUGGUCUGGACUUUGAACGUUUUGGGAAGCUGGUAAUGCACGGCGUCGUCAAGGUUGGCAAAGAUCGACAGACAUGGCAAGAGCUGGAAUGCUAUCUCUUCAGCGAGAUGCUCAUAUGCGUCAAGGAGAAGAAACUCUCGGCAAACUCAAGCCAGCAAUGGGAUGAUAUGGAAGGGCCAAAACCUAAGACACGGUGCACUCUCAAGGGCUCCAUCUUGAUCAAACGACACUUGAAGCAGGUGGAUACAUCGCCCGAGGAUGAUGUCUUGACUUUACGACUGUCAGUCGCUGAGUUACCUGCUUUCCACCUUCAAUUCAACGAGCGUCACCAGCUGGAAGUCUGGCGCAAGGCGUUGGUUAACAUCAAUCGGCCUGAACCUCCUCCUCAACGAUUAGACUACGAGCACGACAACUCAGGGACUGAUGAAGAUGAAUACAUCUCUCGACAAGGUCGCAGAGUCUCAUCAGUACCUUCAUCAUCGUACGGUGGAACAAGAUCGCAAGCCACUGCAACAACUGAGCACACCCCUUCUCGAGAUCUACGCCUUGGCACGUCGUCUAUUCAUGUGCCACUGGACGUUGUGGUUGUGAUACCAGUCUCGGCUUCCAUGCACGGCCUCAAGAUGAAUCUGCUCAGAGACUCUCUGCGGUUCCUCGUAUCUAGUCUCGGCGAGAGGGACCGUAUGGGCCUUGUCAGCUUCGGGUCAGGGGUUGGGGGUAUUCCUCUGGUCGGCAUGACUACCAAGUCAUGGCGCGGGUGGUCAGCGGCAUUGGACUCAGUCCGUCCUGUGCCUCACAAGAACUUGCGAGCGGACGUCGUCGAAGGUGCCAAUGUGGCCAUGGAUCUGCUCAUGCAACGCAAGUCUUCUAACCCUCUAUCCCACAUCAUCCUCAUCAGCGACUCGUCCAGCUCGGAUCCCGAGAGCAUCGACUUUGUGGUCUCACGAGCGGAAGCGGCGAAGAUCUCGAUCCACUCAUUCGGCCUCGGACUCACCCACAAGCCAGACACCAUGGUCGAGAUGGCGACAAAGACUAAGGCGAGCUACACCUACGUCAAAGAUUGGAUGAUGCUGCGAGAAUGCUUGGCAGGAUGUGUUGGCGCACUGCAAAGUACCUCUCACCAGAACGUCAAGCUGCGUCUACGCCUUCCAGAAGGAUCACCAGCAAAGUUUGUCAAAGUGAGCGGCGCCCUGCAGGUCACGAAGCGUGCCACUGGGCGAGAUGCUGAAGCAUCACUCAGUGACUUGCGUUUUGGCGACAAGCGCGACAUACUGGUGCAGCUUGCGAUUCAGGCCGACAGCGCUACCCCUGACUCAGUACCGGCGGAUCCCUGGGAAAAUAUCAUUUCUGGUCUGGAAGCCUUGGGUCCAAUGGAGCAAGAGGAUACUCGCACCGUCUCCGUGGAAGAAGUUCCUCUCCUGCAGGCUGACUUGAGUUGGGGUGACAUCCUGCGGGACGGCAACAUGUCGCAACUUCCACGGCCGUCCUUAUUGGCAAUCACCAUGCUGCCACCGCCGCCGAAGAAAGGCUCUUACGGCCGGCCGUUGACGCCUCCUAUCCCGCCUCAUCCUUCUGUUGUGCAACGACGGAUGGAGCUAUUGACAUCGGACAUGCUUUCAAGAGCGCUCGGAUUGGUCUCGCGAGGUCAGAACGACAGGGCACAGCACCUCCUCGCCGAGACUCGCUCAAUACUGAAAGGCCUCGGAAAAGGCGGCCUGCCUCCUCUACCCACACCACCACCUACUGGCGCCCUGCCUCCAACACCGAGAUUGGGCCCAGGUUCCCCACUCGACGCACCCUUCCCGCCUCCACCAUCUGGACGCCGGACUCCUUCCCCAGGCUACACCCCCAACGAGCCUCCCAGCCCCUACACGCCCGCAGCAGGCAUCGACCGAGCCACCAUGACCGCUCUCGACUCCGAACUAGAAUCCAGCCUCGAAUGGAUCUGCCACCCGGCCGUCUUCGGACGCGACUCGAGGAAAGCGGUCCUGCAAGCAAUCGGCGUCAUCAGCUCGCAACGAGCUUACACUUUCCGCACACCCUCCGAGUCCCUCUGGGCCAUCCGCGUCCCUGGCGUGCGACGUCUCGCAGACCGGAGCAGGGAGUGGCGCGAGGCGGAUGAUGCGCUGAUGGAGGAGACUUGA